UUAAAGUUUGUGGUAAAAAUAAAAAGUAUUUCGAAGUUUUCCUGAUAAAAUCAACAAACAACGGUAUCAGUAAAAUGAAUAUUUCUUUGCAAACAUCCGACCUAGCCCAUCGUUUUGUCAUUUUUAAACUACAAAAAGCCUAUACGUCUAUGAUUUUUCAUAUAGUCGUGUGCCAGAUUUCGUAAAUAUAUUUAAAAAAAUAUGUAUCGAUUUAUUUUUAUAUAUUUUAUGUUUUCGCGUUCAGUUGAAUCAAUCGUGGUUAAUAAAAUUAGUGAUAGUGCUGAAAAUCAUUUAGAAUUGAACGGUAGUGAUGUUGAAUCGAAGAAAACCCUUAAUUUUGGAGAUAAAAAAAUUACCAUACUUGUGGAAGACGAUUACGACAGUUUAUAUGGUGCUUUUAAUAUGGUGAAGCAAAUUUCAGAUAGUCCCAACUAUAAACAAACGAAUUUUUCUCUAAUAACUUUUAAUUCGUCUGGUGUCUCUUUGGAUGAUGGUAAAAAUCUCGAUGUUAUUGAAAUUACCGACAUUUUAAAAACCCGAGCCGAUGAAAAUAAACUUAAAAAAGGCCCAUCUGGGUCACCGAUAUUUUUUGCGUUAUUACAAACAUCCCAAAGCGCAUCCGAAAAUAGCGCCAUACUAAUUUUCGUUAAUAAUUUCGAUAAGUUAGACGCAACAAUUGGGAAAUAUGCCUUAAAAAAAUUACUUCAUAAAAAUAUUACUGUACAUGCGUUAAUUUACAAUGAGGAAUCUGUGGGAUACGAAAUUUUGAAAGAUAUUGUAGUCUCUACUGGAGGUAGAAUUUUAAAAACAUCGGAAUAUCAAAAUAAAGACGAAACGGAAAUGGAUUUAAAUUAUUUGGACAUGAUGAAAUUGGGCGGUAAUAUGUACAUAACAAAUAUAGAUAAUGACAGGAACGCUAAGAUAGUAUUGAGCAAUUUACCUUACAAGUUUAACAACUCCGCAGAAAUUUAUGUCAAUGAACUAGAUAACGCUUACGCUGGAAAUACUGUAAUUAAUCAUGAAUUAAUACAGCCUAACCAAAAUAUUGUUAAUACAAUUAAUGGGGGUUUUAAAGAAAAUAUUGUUAGUAAUAUUUUUGGUUACAAAACUAGCGACAUCUAUCCAACACAGACGUUAAAAAUUGAGGUAGGAUUAGGAUCAGAGUUAAUAACAUUACCUGCCAAACAAUCAGAAGUGUAUUUCAAAAUCACCAACACCGGAAGCUCAGUACAAUACGUCAAUUUUUUCUGCAGCGACACCAAAUACAUUCUUCUGCGCCUCUCAGAAUACAAGCGUCAGUUACAGCCACAAGAAAGCACCACUGUCACCCUCUAUUUAAGCACAAAAAUAGGAACCUACCAGGAUGAGAUAGUUUUCUCGGCAAAAAGCGGAUCGCAAGUUUACCAAAAGAGGAUUCUUGUGAACGUAGGAUCACAAAUAUCCGACCAGAAUCCUCCUGAGUUAAAUUACAGAUACACAAGCGACUGUACAGGAGUGUUAUUUUCGGAGUGCAACAAAGGGAUGUGGAGUGUAGAGAUAUCAGCUAGGGAUCCUGAAUCUGGUUUAUUGAACUUAAACUCAUCACCUGAAGGGCUAUAUUUUUCAACCCAGUAUACUUCUGGCACAAAAGAAACUGUUACUGGUUACUACAGCGAGUCUUGUUGUAAUCCAGACCUUUAUGUAGUUGCUGUAGAUCGCAUGAACAAUCGCAAAAGUUACAGUCUAAAUGCAUACAAUACCUUGUGGAGUGCUGGAGCAAUAGCAGCCUUAGUUUUGGGAAUAAUAUUCUUUUUAAUUAUAGUGGGAGUGGCUACAUAUUUUAUUGUAAUGAGAGUAAAGAGCAAAGACUCUUAUGAUUUACCUAGAUACAGAGGAGGAAACAUUUGACAAUUAAUGAGAAACAUUAUUAAUGAACAAAAUAUGUUACACAUUUGGUCCACCUUAUCUAUCACAUCUAGCAGUACUUCAUCAUAGUGAUGUUGCUAUUUAGUUAUUAAAGUAGUUCUUAAGGAUUUCUGUUAUGUUAAGAGCGUUAUAUAGAUUAAAAUACAUAAAGA